AUGUUUUCACCAGCGAGACAAGAAGCUCUGCGCAACUACCAAAGCAUUCUCCCCCAGGAGCCUCCCAAAAGUGGGGAAGCUACAGAGGGAUACAAAGAAAUUGACGAAAUUGCUUAUGAGCUGUCACGACUACCUCUAGGGACAUCGAGGCCACUCAAAGCGAUAGUUGUUGGCGCUGGCUUCAGUGGUUUGGCUUUCGCACGCGAGGUUGAAACAGGUCAACUUCCAAAUGUGAAUUUGACCGUCUAUGAGAAGAAUGCCUCUGUUGGGGGAACGUGGUAUGAGAAUAGAUAUCCAGGUUGUGAUAUCCCGGUUCACAACUACCAGUAUUCCUGGGCACCCUAUCCACAUUUCCCAAGCUACUAUGGGGCUGGAUCAGAUAUUCGCACCUACAUCGAAGCAGUGGCAGAUCAACAUCACCUACGCAAAUAUAUCAAAGUAUCCCACAAGGUUCUCGGUGCCAAAUGGAUCGAAGAACGCCAGAAAUGGCAAGUUCAGAUUGUUGCGACAGACGGCAGGCAGCUCAUGGUAAGUAAUCGCGCUAGCAAGGAAGGCGAGGCCGGUGAGCCUUUCAUGGAUGAAUGCGAUGUUUUUAUAAAUGCAACUGGAUGCUUCAAUGAUUGGAAGUGGCCUGCUAUACCUGGCAGGGAGACCUUUGAAGGUAAAAUGAUCCACUCGGCAGCAUGGCCAGAUGAUGAUGUCGACCUUAAGGGUAAAACUGUUGCUCUUAUUGGGAAUGGAAGCACUGGGGUGCAAAUCUUACCUGCAAUUCUUGAUGAGGUGGAUAAGAUCUACGUCUUCAUUCGCAGUCCGACCUGGGUGACAGCAAGUUUUGCACAGAAAUUUGCUGGACCUAAUGGAGAGAAUAUCUUUUUUUCAGAAGAGCAAAAGGAGCACUGGAUGACGCACCCCGAUGAAUAUCUCGCAUAUCGAAAGGAGGUUGAAUCUGAGCUCAAUUCCCGGUUUAGGCUCUAUCUCAAAGACUCAGUGGAGCAGAAGCAGGCCUUGGAUUAUUCUAUUUCACAAAUGGAGAAAAAGCUUUGUGGCAAGCCGGAAAUCCAGGAGAAAUUGAUUCCAGACUUUGCGGUUGGAUGCCGUCGUACAACACCAGGAAAUGGAUACCUCGAGGCUCUCUGCUCUCCAAAGGUGGAAGUCAUCUGGGGAGGUGUAGCCUCCUUCAACAGAUAUGGCCUGACGUCCCAAUCCGGUAAACAAAUUGACGUCGACACAAUCAUAUGCGCAACUGGUUUCAACAUGUCCUUCUCCCCCCGUUUUCCUGUUAUUGGUCUCAAUGGAGUCAACCUUCAAAACAAGUGGGAUGUAAACCCGGAAUGCUAUCUCUCGGUCACUGCAGCUGAAAUGCCCAACUACUUCGUCUAUCUAGGCCCAGCUAGCCCUCUCGGGCAUGGAAGCGUUGUCAGUUCGCUCGAACGGGUGACUGAAUAUAUUAGCAAAUUUGUUCGCAAGCUGCAAACGGAGAAUUAUAGCUCUGUGGUGCCAAAGUCAUUCAUUCCGCGUGCAUACCAAAAGCAGGCUCUUGCGUGGCUGGAAAAGACGGCUUGGAGUUCCCACUGCGCAUCGACUUACAAGAAUGGGAAGGCUGAUGGAAAGUUAAUCUCGCUUCACCCUGGCUCAAGAUUGCACUACUUCCAACUUCUGGCCAACCCUCGCUGGGAAGACUUCGAAUGGAAGAGUUUAUGUCCAGAUGAGGAUUUGACGUUUGCUUGGCUUGCAAAUGGGUUCAUUGUCCAGGAAUCAGGGAGCAACCACGAUGAUGACUUAACUAUUGAGGCGAGCAGCUGGUUCAUUGGUCAUGUUGAGCCUGAUAAAAUUAUCAAAAAGACUGGUUAG